GUGGAGAGGUAAGAGAGGUAGGAGGGUACGAGAAGCGGAGAACCUAAACCCUCCGGAGUCUGAAGGCUCUAAACAGAGGACAGGAGGCUUCAUUUUGAAUCCAUUAAUGACAGCAGGGAGACCUCAGUCAAAACGUCGCUCCAGAUUUGGAGAUGGGACAAACACAUUUAUUGUUGGCAGCACAUCUCCAUGAAGCCAGCUUCACGUUACCAAUGCAUCGUUUUCGUUACCCUGCAGCCUGAAGCACGGACUGUUUAAGUUAAACGGAUUCUACAGGGAGCGGAUCUGCUCUGAUUGUCAGUCCUGUGAUUUCCAUCUGGACCUGGUGAUAUGAGAGGCUCCAGGAGACGGUGAUGGAGCUCCAGGAGUUGGGCUGGCUGAGUCUGGUGGGUCUCUUUCUAACCUCCCUGCUCAUUGUGCUGGGAUGGCUGCUCCAGUACUUGCUGACCGUGCUGCGUCUGUGGAGAUCCAGGAAGACAGCCAAGCCGGACAGAAGAGAUAUAGCCUGGCAGCAGCUCUCCAUCAAACAGCCACACCAGAGCCUGGCUGGAGGUGCGUGGGGCUUCCUGCUGAAGCUCCUCGGCCGGGGUGCAGGAGCUGCUUCUGAGGCCGGGGUCAAAGGCUUGUUGACCUCUCUGUUCUCCUUCAAGUCCUUCAGAGAGCACUGGCAAAGGACCUGGGUCAAAGCUCUGAAUGAGCAAGCUUGCAGGCAUGGGAGCUCCAUCCAGAUCACUUUUGACAGCAGCCUCCAGUUAACGGCUGCCUCUGCGAUAGAUAGUGUGACCUGCACUGACCAAUCGGCAAACCGCAUGGUCUUACACUGUGAAUGUUGGGUAGACACAGUGACCCUUCCUGUGACCGUCACGCAGCAGUCGCAUGCUGCCGUUUCCAUGGACACCUACCAGAUCACUGUAGCGCCUAUGGUGGCACAGGUGGUGGUGUGUCUGGAGGAGGUGGAAGACGAAGGGCUGCUGAUGUCCUGGACUCUCUCCAAGCAGCCGGCAUUCUCUCUGACCGUGUCUCCAUGCAGGCUGCAGAGACAGGGCACUGAGGGUGGGGCAGAUGUGGACACGAUUAAGGGACUGAUAGAGGACACUCUGUUCAGCGCUCAGCCUGCCAUGGUUCUCAACCUGAAAACCUGUGUGUCCAGUCCUUCGGCCCCCAUGGACCAUCUAUCAGUGGGAUUGAACUCUGUACCCCAGAGUGUCUUAGUGAGACGGCUACUGCUCCGGCAGCUCAAGGCGACCUUAAGUAAAGGUCAGUGGUCUAGAUCAGGGGAGCUGUGCUGCGUCCUGAGCCUGGACCAACCCUCCACAGAGAGGACCACCCGCUUCCUGUCUGCACCCGGCAACUCCAACGCCCCCCUGGAAUGGAGUGAAGAAAUCGCUCUGGAGCUGGGUCUGGAGACCAAAGAGCUGAGAGUCAGACUUCUGGAGCGGAACGGCAAAAGGGAACAGUUCCUGCCCGGCCACGCCUCCAUCCCUUUGGACCUCCGGUGUAAAGCUCCCGCUGGACAACACACGCUGUCCAUCAGCCCCGGACACGGCUUGGCUCCGAACGCCACCAUCACAGCAGAGCUGGCUUAUGUGGAAACAGUAGAGCUACGCAGCCCCAACAAUGCUUUGCCACUUCGUUCCUCCCUCACCCCGAGCAAGAAAGUCGACGUGGACCGAACCAUCAUGCCGGAUGGAACCAUCGUAACCACGGUCACCACCGUCCAGUCUCGGCUAAAACUGGACCGCAGUCCAGGUGAAUCCCCUUUGCGCUCGCCGUCUAAGGUGGAGGUGACGGAGAAGAAACCCACCAUCCUGACAGACGGCAGGAGCAGCAGCGCCAGCCCCAACCUCAGCAAGAGCAGCCGCCUGUCUAAUGGCCUGGAUCCUGUUGCAGAGACGGCCAUUCGGCAGCUGACGGAGUCCGCCGCCAAAGUAGCACGGAAGACGCCAACGAAGAGGAGCACGCUGAUCAUCUCGGGCGUGUCCAAGGUACCGCUCUCAGAAGAUGACUGUGCGUUAUCGAGCGGCUACGCUGCAGCCAUGGACGCAGCGAUGCAUGGCAACCAUGCGGGGCACAACCAGGACGCAGAUGAAACCACACCUUCCGAUGUGUCGGAGCGCCCCUCUGUGGACGAUGUGGAAUCGGACACCGGUUCGGCUGGUGCCUUGGAGACCUGCAGCCUCAAGGACCAUAAAGUGGGCUUUCUACAAAGUGGGACGAAGCUGUUGUUCCGCAGACGACAUAGAGAGAAGGAGUCCAGCCUCAGCCAAUCCCACGAAGACAUCUCCAACAUGGGCAAUAACUUUGCUGCCGCUGCAACUAUCGACCGUAAAAAGUCUGGCAGCUUCUCUCGGCGUCUGAUAAAACGCUUCUCUUUCCGCUCGUCGGGCAAAUCAAAAGGCAAAGCUACCAAUGGAGGAGCGAGCUCACUGGAUAACUGAUCAUCGACCUGUUUUUGACAGACUGAACACCCCUGGUGGGUUGUCACCUGUACGUCUUGAAAAGAGGAUACCUCUGGGAGGACUUUCCUGUGGAGAGAAAUGAUUGCACCCUUCAGGACAGAAGGCCUCACACCACUGAUGUUUAAAUGUGAUUCUGAAUUCAUUUUCUUUUGAGGAGAAGUCUGCUGCUUGAUGAAGGAGAAGUCACAAUGAAUAUCUUGUGUCUGUUUGAACACAAACUAUUGCAGAAGUGUUUGAUUGUGACCGAUGCUGGAAAUGCUCUUAAAAUAUUUAUUGAUAUGAUGCAUUUGGUUGCACUUGAGACUGUUUUUUUCUAUCAGCACGUGUAAAAUUCCCUGGAUGUAUAACAGUCAUUCAUUAUGUGGUUCUCAUGAAACAAGUACUAUUUAUUUUACCCCCCAAAAAUAAAAGUCAUCGUAGUUUCUUAACACUGUAAAAUAAAGCCAUUUCUGUGUUUUUCCAAGCAACGGUAGUUUUAAGCCCAUCGUUUCAGUAAAAUAACGGUCAUAAUCUAGUAAGUCAAUUCAUAAUUGCUUUAACAUUGGUUUUAAAAGGUUGUUCAAUGUUGUAUGUCAUAAGAAAAGAUCAUUUAUUUAUUGUACUUUUUGUUUAUAAAGAGAUACUUUCUGUGGAACAUGAAACUUUUCAGUUUGCUGAAGCAAGGUUCUCGAGCAGACUCAAGCAGGGCAAUAAGUUUGAUAUAAAUUCUGUCAGUAAAUAAUAUAUGUUCAGGUAUUUCUCUCCUUGCGGCUACUGUAAACUCAGAUUAAGUCAAGUAUAUUACAGUGAAUUCAGUUGAUGUGGACAUUUCAUCAUUGCAAUAAUGCUCAUUACUUUGCAGCAAGAUUGCAUACUGUAUAUUGUGCAAAAUUUCUCACAUGGGGUAAAUAAUCAUAACAACACAUUUUGUAUUAUAAAUUCAGAAGGAUUAUCAUAGUCUUUCAUUUUAAAUACAUGUCAGUCUCAAAUCAGCGACAAACCUGCAACGGUUCUUCAGCUUAGUCUAAGAAAAGGUUUCUGGAAAGGUUUCAGCAAGACGGUUUUGAUUGUUUACGACAGGCGGACGGGUAGAGUGGACAUACUCAGGGCUAGAAAACUUCUAGCAACUAGACAUAAGAAAACCUGCACCCAAAGGCGAACAUAAUCCAAACCAGCGUGUAAAAAUGUAAAUACGUAUUCGGCCAUAUAUUUUGUCUGAUAAAAGUGCAUUAAUUAUGGGACUUCAGAGCAACCAAAUCAGGGUUAUUUGCACCAAUAAAAUAUUAGAUAAAAAAGGGUAACUCCUAAGCCACUGCUGUCUAACUAACCAUAUAGUUUACAAAACAACAACCAAUUCAAAAACACUGAAUAAACGAACAAAGCUAUUUUAUUGUCUGAAGGCACAUUAUUUAUGGCUGGAAUGUUUAACAUGAAGCAGCUGCAAAAUUUAAGAUAUGUUUGAUUUCUGUUGUAAUAUUUGAAAUGUUUAAUUUAUUGCAAAUAAAUUAUUUUUAAAGCCUCAUAAAA